AUGGCGAAGAAACCCGCAAGCCAGCCCCAGGCGGCGAAGCCAGCACCUACAACCCCGGCGAAAUCACCAGCUGCAGUAGCAAGACCUACCCCUACCGCAUCGACAUCAGCACCCUCUGCGAAGGUCACGGCAAAAGAACUGUCCCCUCGUUCUUCUCCACAAGAGAUUGCGGUUCAUGUGUGGAAUCGUUACAUUCAAGACACUCCCUCACGCACGCUCUUCCUCGAUGUCUUCCUUCUCUAUAUUGCAUUGAACGGAGCGGUCCAGUUCAUCUAUUGCAUUAUUGGGGGCAAUUACCCCUUCAACGCCUUCCUCUCUGGUUUUAGCGCAGCAGUCGGCCAAUUCGUCCUUACGAUCUCUUUGCGCAUGCAGACAUCUGAGCGACCACCCUCAGGGGCCAGUUCUACGGCGAAGAAGACGUCUGCGAGAACCGUCGAUGGGGUCACGGGAGAGCUGGUGGAAGAAAAGGGCGAGAGUAAGAUCAGCAGCGAGAGAGCAUUUGCCGACUUCGUUUUCGGCAGUCUCAUCUUGCAUGGAUUUUGUGUCAACUUUAUCAACUGA